AUGGCAUCGACGGUCAAUACUGGAGUCUCUUCGGCUGUCCUGAAAUCACAAACCCCGAAACAGAAUCUCAUCGCUCAAGGCGCGGAAGCGUUUCCAGCAUUCUUUGACAAUUGCCGAGAUGCUUUUCAACUUGAAUAUAGUGGCAGGCCACGCAAACGUGCAAGGCUCGAGGACUCUGUUGAACUGUCCCAUUCCCCUCUCGGAUCUGGGAUUACUAUCGCACGUGUCGAAAUUCACCUUCAACAAACGUCAGAUGCUGCCAGGCAUGUCGGCACAUCGACAGUACUGGAAGAUGACAUCGAGGUCGGACUUGUUGACAGCCACGGUUUGGACACUUCGAAGCCGUUCUUCACCUUGGUCGGUCAUGUCGGCUACAAGAAGAGCCCUUUGCUCGAGUUUCGGACAACAACUUCUCUUCUACCAGACACUGUGAAUUUGCUUUCGCGCGUCAAGAGCCUGGAGAAGCGCUCAAGACGUAAUGUCAGGCCCGGAGUGUGCCACUCUACGUGCCGUCUGCAUCAGUCGAAUGGUCCGUCCGGUCCCACAUACACGCUAGAGUGUAGCAUCAUCUGGCUCAACGGAGAGUCUGCUUUCGGAGCUGCUGCAAAGAAGGAAGAUUGGGACACUUUGACCCAGUUCUAUCCGGAAGUCAAGAACAACCAAUCAAAAUCUUGGACACCACAGGAAUUCUACUCUAGCGUGCACUCUCCGUCGGUCGAUGCGCCCGAGUCAGAACUGACAAAACGAAAGGUAUUGGAAACCGAUCUAUAUCCCUUUCAAAGACGUGCUGUUACUUGGAUGCUUGAUCGAGAGAGUUCCAAUCAGGAGUCAUCACGAAGCCGUCUAUCUUUCACGCCGGCUAAGGACAUCAACGGACAGCCUUGCUUUGUCAGCCAUCUGGAGGGUGUCAUUUGUUCCGCCUCACAUCUCAGUACUUUUGACGAACCCAAAGGCGGGAUUUUGGCCGAGGAGAUGGGCCUUGGAAAGACCUGCGAGCUCAUCGCAUUGAUAUCGCUCAACCAGCGAGAUUCUUUGGAUACGAAUACCGUGCAUGCGAACACAAUACCUGCGCUUACUAAAUCUCGAGCCACGCUCAUCGUCACACCGACUACCAUCUUGCAGCAAUGGAUGGAUGAGUUGGCUCGACAUGCUCCUAGUCUUUCUGUCUUACACUACAAGGGCGUCUCUGACCCAGCAUUGACCAAGAAAGGAGCUAUGCCCAUACUAGAAGACUUCGCUCAACGAGACGUCGUCAUCACAACAUAUUCCGUUCUCGCAAAGGAAGUCCAUUACGCCGUCGACCCGCCUGAACGUUCGCUGCGACAACGCGAACGAAAACACACGAGACCCCGAAGUCCCCUUGUUCAAACGCACUGGUGGAGAGUAUGUCUGGAUGAAGCGCAGAUGGUUGAGAGUGGAGUCAGUGCAGCAGCUCAGGUUGCAUCUCUCCUACCACGUGAGCAUGGAUGGGCUGUUUCCGGAACGCCUCUGAAGAAAGACGUGCAAGAUUUGUUCGGGCUUCUGGUCUUCCUCGGCUAUCAACCAUUCUGUGACUCCUCUGCAAUCUGGAAACGGCUGAUCCAUCAAUACGGUGACUUGUUCAAGACCUUGUUCGGCCGUAUAACUCUGCGUCACACAAAGGAUCAAGUACGACAUGAACUUCGAUUGCCUCCUCAGAGAAGGGUUGUUCUGACCUUGCCCUUCACCCAAGUUGAAGAACAAAAUUAUAAGACACUCUUCGAGGAGAUGUGCGAAGAGUGUGGAUGUCGUCCUGAUGGUUCUCCUCUGAACGAUGACUGGAACCCAGAGUCACCUGCCUUGCUUCAGAACAUGCGAGCUUGGCUUUGCCGGUUGCGUCAAACAUGUUUGCAUCCUCAGGUUGGCGGCCGCAACAGGAAGGCCCUUGGACGGGGUCAAGGACCAUUGCGUACUGUGGCCGAAGUGUUGGAGGUCAUGAUAGAUCAGAACGAAACAUCUAUUCGCACAGAGUCUCGUCUUGCUAUCACUACGCAGCUUCUCCGCGGCCAUAUUAUUGGAAAUGCAAAGGACGACGAUCACAGAGCCGAGAAGGCUUUGGAGAUCUACAAAUCCGCCCUCGAAAAGUCCGAAGCAAUUGUUGCCGAAUGCAGGGUCGAAGUUUCCAGAGCAAUUGCUCGCAGGAGUGACGCCGAAGUAACGCACAAUGGUAUCGGAGGAGAGGAAUCGACGGAGGAGACAUCCGAAGGCCGGAGCAAGGUGUCGCUGUACUCGGCUCUACAGCUUCAGCAUGCAUGCGCUUUCUUCAUUGGUACGACGUACUUCCAGAUGAAGUCCAACACCAGAAUCACUGAACCAGACUCAAAGCAAUUCCGAGAUCUGGAGGAACAAGAGUCAUGGUACUAUGAUGCUGCGAAGCUGAUUCGUAAAGAGCUUCUCAGCGAAGACUCUGCCAAAGCCGAAGAGCUCAUGCGCUCGAUCGAGCAAGAAAAGGAUGAUGUGAUCCUUGAGCCCACCAAGUUGACAGCUAUGGAAAGUCCUGGAGGCGUAGAGAACGUCAAAUUGGUCCACAAAGCCCGAGAUCUUGCAAGUAUUCUCAACGCCCAAGCGGAGCUCAUCGAAGAGUGGAGAGCGAAAGUAAUCGAGCUUCUACUCAAGCCUCUGAUCGACAAGGACGAGGAAGGCGUUGAAACUACUGGUGAAGAGUACGAAGACUCGACAAAAUCACAAGACACUCUAAACGCAUACCUUGAUGCUCUACGAGCCGUGAUUGCUGACCGCUCAACAUGUAUCACUGGCCAAAGUGCGCCUCUUGUCGACCAAGAGAUGAAACAUCUGACUCAAAUGGCCAAAUUAGGUAAUGGUCAUGCACCAGAGCUUAUACUCGAACUGCUAGCGAAGCGUAAUGGUUUGAAGCAGAAGCCUGAUGACUUACUGUCCCUCCGUGGUCUAGUUCAUGAGGUUCGCGGUAUCGAAACAGCACUUGACUGGCAAGAGGGGAACGCACGCGUUCGUGCGGAGCUCCACAUCAUUCGCGAUCAAGCAAAACAAUUCGCUGCCAUUACGCAGGAAGAAUCCGACUUGUUGAAACGCCUUGACGAGAUGAUUGAAUUGUUCUCGGCCACAAUGAAUCAGCGCCUAGAGUUCUAUCGUCAGCUUCAGCAAAUUUCGGACACUGUAGCCCCUCACAAAGACGAUUGGGACGAUACCCUUGACGUGGCUGCCCUCGAAGCCGCGACUCGCCGACAAGAACAGCAAACCAGGUCACUCCAAACUCUCAAGACCAAGAAUAGGUUUCUGCUACAUUUACGCGACGAGAGCACGAAUUCAGACGAGACACAACGUAUCUGCGUCAUUUGCCAGAGUUCAUUCGAACAAGGUGUCCUCACAGUUUGUGGUCACCAGUUUUGCAAGGAAUGCAUAUCUCUCUGGUGGUCGGCUCAUCGUACAUGCCCGGUCUGUAAGAAGAGAUUGGUUCUCGCAGACUUUCAUCAAAUCACAUACAAACCGCAGGAAUUGCAAGCACAAGAAGAAAGAUCUGAGCCUUCCUCGCCGGGUCAGAGCUCGAGCAAGAUCUCGACUGAGUCACUCUAUGCCGACAUUGGUAAUGAUACUCUGGCACAAAUCAAGUCUAUUGAUCUGAACGGCUCCUUCGGCACCAAAAUUGACACUCUCGCUCGACACAUAUUGUGGAUCCGUAAGAACGAUCCGGGAGCAAAAGCAAUCGUGUUUAGUCAGUUCAGAGAGUUCCUUGACGUGCUCGGCACCGCAUUUAAGCAAUUCGGUGUUGGUUACUCGCGCAUGGGAAAGCCAGGCGCUGUUGAUCGAUUCAAGAACGACGCCAGCAUUGAGUGUUUCCUUCUGGACGCAAAGACCGACUCCUCCGGCCUCAAUCUAGUCAACGCUCAAUACGUUUUCCUGGCGGAACCACUCAUCAACACGGCAAUCGAGCUCCAAGCCAUCGCUCGCGUCCACCGUAUCGGACAGAAACGACCAACCACCGUAUACAUGUACCUCAUCGGCGACACGGUGGAAGAAGCCAUCUACGAAAUCUCAGUCGCCAGACGUCUAGCACACAUGCAAAAACGAGACCAAAGAAGAUCAAAAUCCACAACUCCGGCUCUGGGCGAAGCGGCCAUCGAUGCGGCAAAUUCGCUCGAGCUGCAACAAGCCCCGAUCUCGAAAUUGCUCGCUCAGGGGAAUGGUGGAGGCGAACUCGUGCCUAAUGAUGAUCUGUGGAGUUGCUUGUUCAGUCGUGCUGCGAAGAGUCAGAGACAGCAAACUGUUGUUUCGGCGGAGAUGGAAGCGGAGGUGGGAAGGCAUUUGCGACAGGAAGCUGCAGAGAACAGACGUGAUGGAGUUUAG